AUGAACUUCAGUCUCCACAACCCAGAGUCACUGCCUCGGACCAACUUUCAGCCAGAUGGAGACGAGCGGGAGGAGGGGAGGUUUGAAGAGGAGCAGGGUUACACUAAGGACAUGGUGACAGACUUUGAUGAGAAACAUGAUGAGUAUUUAAUAUUGCUUCAGCAGAGGAACCGGAUAUUAAAGCAUUUGAAAACCAAGGACCCCGUACAGUUGAGGCUGGAACACUUGGAACAGGGGUUCUCUGUCUACGUCAAUGGGGCCAAUUCUGAGCUGAAGACGUCACCACGCAAAGCUGUCCACUCCGACUUCUCCAGAAGUGCCUCCCACGCCGAGGGGACACAUGAUUAUGGACGAAGAGCCUUGCUUCGAGAAGCUGAAGAAGUCUUAAGACGCGGCUCCCGGACAGCCCCCAGCAAAGUCCAGCGUCGAGGAUGGCACCAGAAAUCUGUGCAAAUCAGAACAGAAGCUGGCUCACGGCUCCACAUUGAACCUCCGCUGGACUAUUCUGAAGAUUUCAAGCCAUGUGGGGAUGUGAAUUCCAAGUCAGAGGAUACAUCUGAGAAUCAUCCACUGGAGCUGAGAAAAAGCCUGGAGCUUAGUGCCAAUCCACAAAGGAAAGAGAAGGAUUGUCACAGUGACGAAUACGACUCCAUCGAGGAAGACGUACUCUCUGAGCCGGAGUCUGAGGACCAGCUGCUGGUGGCAGGAGGUCCCGGAGAUGACCCCCUGCCAAGUAGGGAAUUGGUACAGAAGGAGCUACUCAAGGAUCAGGAGACAGAGAGACCCCUUCCCCAGGGCCCAGACACCCUGGUGGUGCUGGGGUUUAACACCGCUUCCAAAAGUAAUAAAAGGGAAAGACAUUUGUCUGCGAAACGGAAGGACAGUGCUGAAGUUUUCUUUGCCAGCAAAUCUGAGCCCACCCCAAAUCACCAGUCCCCCGCCACACUCCCAGAUCAGGAGAGGUGCUGUUCCAGACCUGGAAGCCGACGAGAGAGACCUCUCUCAGCGAUGCGAAAAGCCGUGAGCGAGGCCGAGGACCGGGAGGAGGACGCCUCGGAGGUGCUCAGAGCCAUCCAGGUGGAGAACGAGGACCUGCAGAGAGCACUCCUCCGCAGACGGGCGGAGACUCCUGGGAGCCAGCCGCAGGAUGCGGAGAACCUACCAGCAAAACCGUGGGCUGGUCUGCUGAAGGACAAGGGAGAGACGUUGUCCCUCGAGCUGCCUCCUGAACCCCCAGUGACCAGCACACAGGAGCCGGGCCCAGAGCCAUCCGGAGCAGCAGGGGGCGCCAGAGCUGUCACCGACCCCACAGACAGGCUGGGCCUCUGGGGCAGCAGGCCACAGCAGAAGCUGCAGGAGGCCACGGGAAGUGAUCCUGCCCAACUCAGCCAGGGAGUCUCAAAGGGCGAGGAGCAGAAGGAGGAGCUGAGGGCGCCAAUGGGAGAGAGCCAGGAUGCCAUCUGCGUGGCCAUGGAGAUUCUGUCCAACUGGGGCAGCGCGGCAGAGGUGGGGCUCACCGAAGUCGAGUUCUUAGGCCUGAACGACGCCAAGCUUUACGUGUCGCCUCAUGAUGUGGCCCUCCAGAACGUAGGCACACCGGGGGACCUGGGCCUUCUCGUCAACCGGAACCUAGCUAGCAAGAAGGACCUUCCCGUGUGGACGUGCCCCUUCCAGCCACCUCUCCAGCUCGUCUUUCUUCUCCGAAACACACAGCAGCUGCGUGACUUCGGGCUGGCCAAGAUCCGGGUCUGGAAUUACUGGACAGCUGAUGGGGAUCUUGACAUUAGUGCCAAGGACGUGAAGCUCUAUGUCAACAAAGCCCUCGUCUUCGAUGGCAAGUUAGACAGAGGUGGCGGAGAGGCUCCAUUUACCCGGAGCAUCCCAGUGCACCUGAAGGACAGGAGGAUGGAGGAUGCCAGCAGUGCCCCCUCGGGAGAGAGCAAAGAUGCCCGCAUGAUGCCUGGGGCCGACGGGGACAGAGAGCUCCGUCCAAGUUGCUCACCAUCAGCUGGAACACUACUGGAUGUGAAGGUUUCUUCACAAGGAAAUCUGUGUGGAGAAAGGGUGAAUUCUACAAAUUGCACAAAGGACAAGUGGUCCGAGUUGGAGGAGGAUUUGAGACUGUUAGCUGCCCCCGUUGUGAUGGGUGACAUCCCCAGGGACCCCCGCCCCUCCCCACCUGAGAAACACCUUUCUCCCGAUGAGGAACUCUCUCUCCUCGAGCAACUGGAACACCUCAUGGGCAGGAACACCUCUCGGCUGCCAGAGAAAACCCCAUCCUGGUUACAGCCUUCUCCCAAAGAGAGAGGCCGGAAGCAAGGCGGCAGGAAGCCCAAACCCCCCUGGCUUAGUCCCGAGCGGCCACAGAGCUGGAAAGACCAGCUUCUGUCAAACGAAGGUGUCCGUGCGGGUGUUGGAGACACCGUGGCUGGAGAUGAGGGCAGCAGGCGUGAACAGGAGUGGACGGGCAGCUGGAACAUCGUCACCAGCGACAGACCCCAGAAGGUGACCCCCAGAGCCUGUGAGCCUGACUUAGACAUCUUUAACGUGCCAUCCAGCAGAGGGCGCCCUGCGAGUGGAAGGAGAAGCGGGAGGAAGGAUGCCCUGAGCGGUAGUCAUGGUGACGACCAGCCCGCCAGCACAGAAGAGGCCUUGUCCGCCCGCAUGCCGCCACGUCCCCGGUGGCGCAGCGAACAGGAGCACCUGCUUCACGAGUCCUGGAACUCCCUCAGCGCCUUUGACCUCUCCCACCGGGGCCGCAUCUCCAACAUGGACUUCCAGGGGGACGUCAUGGACGAGUUCCUGCAGCAGCAGCAAAGCAGCCGGCAGAGUGACCUCUCACCCUUCCAGAAGGGGGAAAAGCCUGAGCCGCUGCAGGGCCAGGAUGACGGCGCCAUCGAGGCGGACGACGGCAGUGACUUCAGAAUCCCCGUCCUACCGUAUGGACAGCACCUGGUCAUCGACAUCAAGUCAACAUGGGGGGACCGACACUAUGUGGGCCUCAACGGAAUAGAGAUAUUCAGUUCCAAGGGCGAGCCCGUGCAGGUCCUGAGCAUCCGAGCAGACCCCCCUGACAUCAACAUCUUGCCAGCAUAUGGCAGAGACCCCCGUGUGGUCACCAACCUCACCGACGGGGUGAACAGGACCCAGGACGACAUGCACGUCUGGCUGGCCCCCUUCACGCCAGGCAGAUCCCACUCCAUUACUAUUGACUUCGUGCACCCUUGCCAGGUGGCCCUGAUCAGAGUGUGGAAUUACAACAAAUCGCGGAUCCAUUCUUUUCGCGGCGUGAAGGACAUCACAAUGCUGCUGGACGAAGAGUGUAUCUUUAAAGGAGAGAUCGCCAAGGCGUCCGGAACCCUGAGUGGAGCCCCAGAGCACUUUGGAGACACGAUCUUAUUCACGACUGACGACGACAUCCUGGAGGCCAUCUACUGCUCUGAUGAGACCCUAGACCUGGAGGUGGAGAGUGUCUGCAGCCUACAGCACGAGGAGGCGCUGCGGAGACCCAGCACGGCGGACGGCGAGAGUGAUGACCGGCCCUUCACCCAGGCCGGCCUGUGGGCUGACGACCAGGUCCCAGAGCCAGAGCUGUCACCCAGUCCCCCGAUCCGUGAAGUCACCACACCAGAGCCAGGAGUCUACCACGGGCUCUGCCUCCAGCUGAAUCUCACCGCCUCCUGGGGAGACCUGCACUACCUGGGACUCACGGGCCUGGAGGUGGUGGGCAAGGACGGCCAGGCGCUGCCCAUCAGCUUGCACCAGAUCUCUGCCUCCCCCAGAGACCUGAACGACCUGCCCGAGUACACUGACGACUCGCGGACCCUGGAUAAGUUAAUCGACGGAGUCAACAUCACGAUGGAGGAUGAGCAUAUGUGGCUGAUCCCCUUCUCGCCGGGGCUGGACCACACGGUCACCAUCCGUUUCGACCGGGCUGAAAGCAUCGCAGGCCUGCGCUUCUGGAACUACAAUAAAUCUCCCGAGGACACCUACCGGGGGGCCAAGAUUGUCCACGUCUCCCUGGAUGGCUUGAGCGUCUCCCCCCCAGAGGGCUUCCUCAUCCGGAAGGGUCCAGGCAGCUGCCACUUUGAUUUUGCCCAAGAAAUCCUCUUUGUGGACUACCUGCAGCCACGGUUGCUGCCCCAGCCGACCAGGAGGCUUCAGGUGAAGAGCCGGGAGCACGCAAGCAUGGACUACGAGGCACCGCUGAUGCCCUGUGGCUUCAUUUUCCAGUUUCAGCUCCUGACCAGCUGGGGCGACCCCUAUUACAUCGGCCUGACGGGCUUGGAGCUGUAUGAUGAGCGAGGAGAAAAGAUCCCCCUGUCGGAAAACAAUAUCGCCGCCUUCCCGGACAGCGUGAACUCCCUGGAGGGCGUGUGCGGGGACGUCCGGACCCCUGACAAGCUCAUCGACCAGGUCAACAACACCAGUGAUGGCAGGCACAUGUGGCUGGCCCCCAUCUUGCCAGGUCUGGUGAACCGGGUGUAUGUGAUUUUCGAUCUACCCACCACCGUGUCGAUGAUCAAACUGUGGAACUACGCAAAAACCCCCCAUCGUGGGGUGAAGGAGUUUGGCCUCCUGGUGGACGACCUGCUGGUGUACAACGGGAUCCUGGCCAUGGUGAGCCACUUGGUAGGAGGCAUCCUGCCCACGUGUGACCCCACGGUGCCCUACCACACCAUCCUCUUCACCGACGACCCUGACACACGUACAGCCUGUCGGCUGAUCCCCUCGCCCAUCCCUGCCCGCAGUAACCAGGUGGAGGACCAGGACAUCCAGAUGAUGAACGAGAGCCAGGUCAUCACCAACUGCAGGCGGAAGCAGAGCGCUGCUGCGGACCCAGCCUUACGCCCUCAAACUUGCAUAAGCGGGAAGGAGCCAGCCAGGCGGUGGCAGUGCUGA